UGUGCGAUGGAAACAGGCGAUGACGCAGUUUUCUGUGCUCGGCAGGGUAAGUUAGAAUUGGCUCACAGCAGUUGUUGAUCGUUGUCGACUGAGUAAAGGCUGUGUUUUCUACUACAGCAUCGCAGCAUCAUGGCUCUAGCGAUUGCAAGGCCCCUUACUUUGGCCAGACGUGCGUUGAAUAUUCGGCGGUCAGUUCUGAGCCUCAGGCAGAGCGUGGCGCCGGCGGUGGUAGGGGGAGGAUCGGGGCAUACUCCGGUUCAGUUUGCCCACGGUACGAGUGCAGGGCAACACCCCAGCAGGAAGGCGUGGAAUGCGGCAAGCAUUCGAUCGGUAUUGGGGUCGUUGGAUACCCGGAUGUCGCAUUCUACGCUGGCCGCACCGGAAAGAAAAGGAAGCCUGAGGUUUGAGAGCGUCGCCAGGGACGAUACGGUGGGGUGUUACCGUGUGGGGUUAAGCUCCGGCCCGGAGGGCGUCUACCCUUAUGUUUGGCUGAGGGACAACUGCCGAUGUCCUGAAUGCUAUCACCCCUCGUCCGGGCAGAGAACCUCCGACCCGGCAAAGAUGGACCCCGACAUCAAGCCAGCUAGCGAGGAAAUCCGGAGCGAUGGUAAGGUUUUGCAGAUCAUCUGGCCUGACGGGCACCUCAGCGAAUUCGAUGUGGCCUGGCUGAGCCGCCAGCGGUUCUCCAACAACGAGAGAGACACGGUGGGCAGUCCGGAGCUGGAGAUGUGGGGAGGCGAGCUGAACGACAAGAUCCCGACCUUCGAUUUCCAAAAAGUUCUCCACGAUGACCGGGAGUUGUACAACUGGCUGGAAGUCCUGAACACCAAGGGCCUGGUCAUGAUUAAAGGCGCUCCGACUAGAAAAGGGGUUCUCCAGGAAUUGUCCGCGAGAAUUGCUUAUGUGAAAACAACUAAUUACGGGGAGACUUUCCAAGUCUUCAGUAAGCACGAUGCGAGUAAUCUUGCAUUCACAACAAAGGCUUUGUGCCUUCACACCGACCUACCGUAUUAUGACUACACGCCAGGCAUUCAAAUGCUGCACUGCAUUAUGCAGACCAGCACGGCCAAGGGAGGGGAGAGUCAGUUCGUAGACGGCCUGAUGGUGGCCGAGCAAAUUCGGCAGGAGUUCCCGGAGAUGUACAAAAUCCUCCGGUCUCAGGAGGUCGACUUCCGAGACGUCGGCGAGGACUACUACGUGUACCACAUGAAGCAGAGGAGGCCUGUCAUCGAGUAUAACAGUUUCGGCGAGUUCACGCGUGUUAACUUCAACAAUCACACGAGGGCACCCUACAUGUCACUUCCGGUGGAGAAGGUCAGGGACAUGUACAAAGCUUUGAAGGUGUUCUACGACGUCAUGUAUCGCCCUGAGAACCACGUGAACUUUCGGCUUGAGCUCGGUGAUAUAGCCGCAUUCAACAACGGCCGUGUCCUACAUGGGCGCAGCUCCUUCACUAUCACCAAGGAGGGCAACCGGCAUCUGGAGGGCUCCUUCUUGGACUGGGACGAGACUCACUCGCGCAUGCGCGUUCUCCGGGAGAAACUGUUCGGUGAACAGCGCAUGUAAAGGAUCGCGCGUUCACCUGACAAGCAGCGGCAUAUUCAGGUAUCUCAUGGGGGGACUGGAUGUUAGCGGGUGGAUCUCUCGACAGUGUAACACUGGGUCAGAGGUCACAACCACUGUGUGUAGUAGGCCACAGGUGUAGUUAUCCAGUUAGUGCCAACUAGGGCAUAACGUCAAAAGGAGUAAACUCAAGAGGUUCUUAAUCCGCAACAGUCUCCUUUUAUUCAUAAAAAACACCGUUCGUUUUAAAGCACUCGGGUCUUGUGUCUGUUUGCCUGAGGGGAGAGUGUAAGGCUCGACGAUUUCCUCCCCCCCCCUGCUGCCCAAAACAGAUCAUGUGUACAUUUAAUUUUUUUUCGGUGACCAAAACAUAUCCUCCAACAGACUACAAACACUGCUUAAGGGUUUACCGAUUAAAGUGUUAGAAGAGCGCAAACCUUCAGAUUAAUUUAUCAAGUAUUUGGUUUUGUUUUUGACAUGUUAAAUGCACUUCUCUAGAACGCCAAAAAGUUAGGCAAACUAGGCUGCACGACUAACGACUGAAUUAGAAUUUUGCCUUAUUAACUAAAGUUAGCCACGCCCAUUUAUGUUUAUUUAGCGUCGUUCUCCAGUGCUGCUCUUUGUGCGUAUGCGCACAAGUUGCAACGCGACAAAAGAGCGUGUUACUCCUGCACAUGUGUUAUACUGCGUAUUAAACCUAUAGAAUAUACACUGUAUAAUCUUUAAGGCGCCUUUCCAUGUACAUUUUUGGGUGCGUUUCACUUUCACGUAUACACAAAAAUCGAUCCAUUAACAUAACACACGUGUGCGUUGCGUUCGACCGUCAAAAUCGCAGUGGGAGCGAGUUUGACGGAUACCCAACGCUUGGCGUAAGUUUAGUGACCUAGGUCCUUUCUGCAUGUAGGCCUUCGUUAUGCAUAUAUGUAUAGUUUCGAAGAUGCAAUCUAAUUCGGGCAGGAUUUCAACUUUAUGAUUGAAUUUACUCCAGAAAAGAUUUAAGUUUUCGAAGUUCAAUAUCUAGAUACAGCUUAUGUCCUAUUCAAGGUACAUCGGUUUUGUGUUUUGUUGUUUUGCUUAUAUAGUUGAGCGAUUUUUAAGACUACUUAGUGGAAUAUCAUUUGAUUGUCUGUCGCUAUAAAUCCAAAUACUAGGGCCUAUUGUUGUGUACAAAACUUUUAGCAACUUGUAAAUGGUAGGAUGAAUAAACACCGCACUGACGUGUCAGCGACACAAAAAUAGUA